UACGUUACAGGUUUUUAUUUCUACGAAUAAAUGUGAUUCCGAAAAAUGGCAGCCAAAGACGUACCUCUACACGAUGCUGUCAAACCCUUGCAGUGGUUGUUAGGCAAAUGGAAAGGGGAGGGAAAGGGUAUAUAUCCAACCAUCGAGGAUUUUAACUAUAUUGAAGAUUUAGAAUUUUAUCAUGUUGGCCAACCCAUGCUCCAAUUUAGCUUUUCCUCUGUAAAUAAAGCAACGAACAAACCACUUCACAGAGAAGCUGGAUUUCUUAGAAUCAAACCAGGAACAAAUCAAGUUGCCUUUAUAUCUUCACACAACAAUGGUGUCAGUGAAAUGGCGGAAGGAACAGUGGGCAGCCAGUGUAUUACAGUGGAAUCACACACCCUUGGCAGAAUGAGUUUUGGAAAAGACCCUAAAACAAAAAAGUUAAAGAGAACGAUAAAUCUUGAUGGAGACACACUACAUCAGAUUUUAUACAUGGAAACAGACGUUACUCCUCUUACAGAACAUCUUCGAGCAACAUACAGAAAAAUUUAAAUUUUGUUUACAUCGGAAUUUUUAUGCAUUGUCUUAUCAUCAGAGUCUUUUUGAUAUUUUGUUCUAUUGUUAUUCUUUAAUGAUCUAGUACUAUAAUAUGUUACACCACCACAAACUUAGCUUCAUGACAUUCUUUCAGUUUUUAUCUAUAUUUAUUUUUCAUUAUUUUUGUGUGUUAUAACCAGA